AUGUCGUGCUGCGUGCUGCAGAUCACCGGGCUGAUUUUCGGCGCCGCGGGCAUGCUGGGCACGCUGGCGGCCACGGCCAUGCCCCAGUGGAGGGUGUCUGCCCACGUGGAGGCCAGCCUGGUGGUGUUUGAGAGCGUCUGGGAGGGGCUGUGGAUGGACUGCAUCAGCCAGCUGGGGCUCAGGCUGCAGUGCAAGCUCUACGACUCGGUGCUGGCGCUGCCGCCGCCGCUCGAGGCCCUGCGCGCCCUCAUGUGCCUGGCCGUGCUGCUGGCCGUCGGGGCCUUCCUCGUGGCCGUCGUGGGCGUCAAGUACAGCCAGCCCGGCAAGGAGGGGCCCCAGAAGGUCAGCCCCUUCAUCCUGGUGGCGGGGGUGGCCUUCCUGCUGGCGGGCGGCCUGGCGCUGGUGCCGGUGUCCUGGGCGGGGGGCAGCAUCGUCCGUGAUUUCUACGACCCCGCGGUGCCCGUGCCGCUCAAACGGGAGCUGGGUGCCGCCCUCUACGUGGGCUGGGGCAGCGGUGCCCUGCUGCUGGCUGCAGGGGCCAUGUACUGCCACGUCUGGGGCCGGGCGGGCAGCCACAGCCACCCCUGGCUGGCAGCACGGGCAGCGCUGCCCCGGGCGGGAGCGCCAGCCCUGGGUGUCCAUGCCUACGUGUAG